AUGGCAUCUCGUCUUUCUCUUUCGCUACUCGCCCUGGCCUUGACCCCUCUGGCCUCUUGUCAAACUGGGGACGAGAGUAUCUUUGGGGCUGGCGAUGAAGGGCUAUUCGGAAUUCCCACCUCAGAAUACUCUGAUCCAGACAAGGCUAAUGCCACGGGAAUCAUAACCUUCGAUCGGUCGAAUGUCGCGUACUCGUUGAGCAUUGCGGUGAGCGCCGACGUACCCAUUCCAGAUUCAGACAACUUCGCCUCUACUUCUGUUCUCUCUCUCGGAGUGGAAUCGGCCCAGCGCAACCUGACUACCUGUGUCGCCAUCUACUCAGGUCUGUCGGCAAAUGUGACAGCGGCAUCGGCAGACCUCGAUGCGCAAGAUGGCUUUGGUUGUAGCAAGAUGCUGUCGGAAGAGUGCAUCUCGGACUUUUACUCUGCUGCCUCUCAAGGCCUUAACAGCGACUGCAGCAACUUCCUACCGAGCGUUCCAGCUAGCUGUGAAUCUCAAUUUUCCGACUUAUCAGGAGUUGGUUCAUCAUUUGGAAAUGGAUCUGAGCAAAUCCUCUACCAGUACGGCACUGUGCAUGCGACCAAAGGAGACGAAGCAGCGUGGCUGGCCGCUGCAACUCACAUCUGGCCGGUGAUCACCACAACAAUCAAUGUUUACAACGACUCGUCGGCGCAAUCUGAGACCUACUUGAAUUGCAUUCGACCGGAUACUUUUAGUGAGGGAACACUGAGGCCAAAUGCAACACAGAAUGGAACUGAAUCUGGCGAUUCUGGCUCGACAGGAACACCGACCACAGGUGGCGCAACACCGUCUCCCACCAACGCGGCGUCACGAUCUGGCCUCACUGUCGCUGCUUUGGUCGGCCUUGGUUUCAAUGCCGCCAUGUUUCUCAUGUGA